UUUCAUUGUAAACAUCCUUGGUUUAAUUAAAUGGCCAAACCUGCGUAGCCACGGGCAAUAUGCUGAUUAGCAGACUCCUGUGGGCUUGUGCAGUGCUACAUGCUGUCCUAUCGGCUACUGCACCAGAUCAGGAGCAGGGCCCACCUUGGACCUAUGCUGACCAAAGCAGCUGGGGCAAACUCAGUAACUCCAAAUGUGGAAAUGAGGGAGAUCAGGCUCCGAUCAAUAUUGUCACAACCGGGGCUUUGAAGCAGCCUGCACAGCCAUUGAAAACCAGUGGCCACAGCUCCACCUUUGGCGGUCUCUCGUGGAACUACACAUGGCCUUUGGUGAAAGCCUUCCUUGGGACAACACCUCGAGGUUGGCAGGUGAUGCUAACUCCACCCUACGACACCAGCACCAUUUUUACCUUCCUCAACGGCAAGCAGUUCUCGCUGCGGAAGUUGGAGUUUACCUCUCCAUCCGAAAAUAGCAUCGAUGGGCAGAGUUUUGACAUGGAGAUGCAGCUGGUACAUGCUGCAUCUGAUGGUCAGAUGCUGAUCAGUUCAGUCUUCCUUAAGGUUGGACUCGUCGAUGGCAACGAGUACUUGAGCACGUUCUGGCCGCAAUUCCCACCGAAGGUCACUCCAGAUGGGACUGCGGCUCAGAUUGCCAACCCUUACUACGCUGCUCUUCCAGGAGGUCGCUCUUGCUUUAUUUUCAAUGGCAGCGGAACCGUACCUCCAUGCGGGACGGACACCAUUUGGAUGGUCUUCAAGGAGCCCCUGGUGAUCAGCCGUGCGCAACGGGAUUUGUACCGCGGAGCGCUGAACGCCAGCUCAGCCCACUCGGGCUUUUUGCGCUUUGCUCCUCCUCCAGCAGGUGUGGUGCAGCCUUGGAGCACCGACUUGGGCAUGAACAACAGGAUCACGCAGCCCCAAGGGAGCAGACCUGUCCUGUUUCUUCCAAUGUCCAAUCCGCCUACGACGAUGUCUUUUGAUUUGGAUGGUCAUUUUUGGGGCUUCUUGGGCAUUGGUCUUUUGGCUCUCUCUGUUCUCAUCGGGCUCCUGGCUUUGAUCUGCCUGCUUUGUUCCGGGGCUGCGAAACGGAAUGUCCGCAGCAAGGAAGUCUACAGUGCAGAAAGUGAUGAGGCCAUCGACCUAUUCGAUCCAUUGACAGGGCCAUACAUUUGCUGGAAAAUUGGGCAAAGUGCCGGUCAGGACCGGCAGCCCCUGCGGAGGUUUCCACAGCCUGUAGCGAAUGCCCCGAUGCAGCAGAGGCAGCAAAUGCACCCGCAAGUGCAGCUUUGGCAACAGCCACCAAGCAUGGGCGUUAUGCCACAGUCGCAGAUGGGGGGGAGACCGCCAAUGACACAGCCCAUGCAAUUUGGGGGCCCUGGACAAGCGCGCUACAUGCGGUGAGGGGCAAUGAAGUCCAAGAUAGUCCAAGACCUCAAGGUUGUGAUGCCCAAUUCGUUUGCAUACAUAGCUUUCAGUGGGAGUCGCAGCGCAGAGCUGCAAGGAAAACUGCGUUCGAGUCGCUGCUUG